UUGAUUUUCAAGGUUUUCUACACUUGGCGUGGCUUUAUAUCCAUUGUGUGCGUUACACAUAGAGAAGGAGCAAUCCUCUUUCGCAGUGAGUGAUCCCCACCCGAAAUUUUUCCCAAAUGCAAUACCCAUGAACAACGGAAAGUACAGGCUCUAUGCUAUGCGCAGGGGACGUAUUCUUGGAAUCUACACGUCUUGGGAGGACUGUAAAGAACAAGUUAACGAAUUUAAAGAUGCAGAGUUCAAGGGUUUCUGCCUCCUGAGAGACGCCCAACAUUGGUUGGGAGUUGUUAAUCCACCAUUGACACUACCCCCACCUCCGGAGCUCGAUUCUGGAGUUCAUCCUCCGACGGGACUGUUUGAGCAAUCGUUCUCUUUAUCCAAAUACUUUAACAGCAUGCACGUUGGCCCAACAUUGGGUGAGUCAUCACAGAAAGCAUUCGUUCCUUGUUCUCAGAUACCACAAGGACCGAAUAUUGUUCCGGAGACUUCUUUGACUCAGUUUGUACUGGUUGAAGACAUAGAGGUCUAUCUCAUUCGUGUUUGCUGCCAGCUGAGGCUUGAUUAUCCGGCCUUUAACAGGCGUGAGUUUUUCUCCGACAGUGGUGAGUUGCUUCAUGGCUACUGGGUGACGCUGCAAUCACAACAACGCGAUGUUAAUUGGAUCGUCGAGGGUGGGUUCUCAUCGGAUGAGCAGACCGCAAGGCAGGACACGUCGUUCAAAAUGUUAGGGAAGGUGUUAUCUUUGGUGGGGAAGGAAAUCCACGACUACAACUACAGGAUCGUGGCAGCCUUGAGAGUUUGAAUUGAGGAGCUGGAAUGGCAACUACCAAACCCCGUACACCAGUGAAUCCGGGAUCUCAAACAGGAGAACUGAAAGCUUAGGUCUGACCUUCAGAAGUAUAAUGACUUAUUCGAGACUUGAAUGGAGGGUUGACUAUGGUUGCAAGUUUCUACAUUCACAGUUUAGCAGCUUAUUGUUAAGUCUUCAUGUUUAGUAGUUAUUCCUGUUUACAUUUUUCUGUUGUUAACGUCGAUGGUGAGUCUUGUAACGUGGUGAACGGUGAUGUUGUUGUUGGGUAUACUUUGCUUUCCAGUAAUUUCCAAGGACGGUUGAUGAACUAAUUAUGCAAAUGUUCAGGUUAAUUACAUAUUUUACGGUGGUUGGGUUUGUGAAUUAC